ACCAGUCAUCGCCCUAGCUGGCCGCACCAGACGUGACCUCUCGAACGCCUCAAGAUGCGGUUCUCGGAGCAAAACCUGCUGAGUAGGCGAGACCUGAGGGCUGGCGACACGGAGGACCCUUUCAUUAAGACUUCCUACGUGUACACCGUCAGCUCUUGCAUGCUUCUUGUGGUGGUAUUCUUUGUCGUUCUACCCGGAGCACUGGUACCAUACUUCCGCAAGGUUCGAUACUUGUCCGACCUCCCGAAACUCGAGGACCAAGGACGGCUGCGACAACAGGGCUUGCAGGGACCAUUAGUGCUGUGCCAGCUGAACGCGGAAAGCUUCUCGCGACCCGAGCCGUGGGCGUACCGGGCGGAACACAUACCUACCGAACACUGCACCCACGUGGUGUUCUCCAUGCCGGGCCUCAAGGACUGGUUUAACGACCUCAUCAACUACGACGUGUACCACGUGGCCACGCGGCCUUUCUUCUGGCGCGCCGUCGACCUGCUGCUUGAGCGCAAGGGCGCGCACCUACUGGUCAGCGUAGGUGCGUUCGGCGACGUGACCAAUCUGAUGGCCGACGUGGCCGGCAACAGUGACACCAUGGCCCGCUUCUCACGAAACAUGGUGCGAUGGGUGCUAGGCAACAAGCUGGAUGGCGCGCUUCUUGCCGGUGUGUUUCCGGCUCCUGCCAACAUGCGCAACGCCAUGGUUAAGCUCGUUAAAAAACUUGGCACCUUGUUUCGUGUCCACCACAUAAACUUUGGCUUGGUCGUUCCACCACAGGCGCAGUUAUUUCACACCCACGGCGCAGGGGUGAAGCUGGCUCACUUCGUGGACCUCGUCGUUGUCACAGUAAACAAGGAACCAUCGGUGCGGAGUGCUGCAGAAAGCGCGCUGAACAUCGGCAGCGCGAUCGAGCUCUUGCGCGAGAGCGGCGUGCCGACUUCCAAGUUGGUGCCCACCUUCAGCAUGGAGGUUACCGUGUACAAGUUCCUUGACGCACUUGACUCCCUCAACAACACAUCCCCUGUGGCGCUGCCAUACUACACCGUGUGCGAGAGGAUCCAGCAGGGAGGCUGGGAGCUGAUGUUCGACUCCAGUACCCAUUCCAACUUCCUUCACAGAAAGCACGAGUGGAUCAACUUCGACGACGCGCGAAGCAUUGCUGAGAAGAUGGAAGUGAUUCGCAAUGAAUCGGUGGCUGGAAUCAUGCUGUGGGACAUCAGCAUCGACGACUUCAAAGGCGCGUGCGGACCCGUUCACCCACUUGUGGCAGCUGUGUACGCCAGCCUCAUGACACCGGGAAAACUGACCGAGCAGCCACUGCUCACUGUCACGCCGCAAGCUGAAAACACCACCGCUGACCACUCUUGACUUUCUCUCGUCCAACGUGCCGCUGCACCUGUGGCAGCAAAAAGCAGCAACAAAAAAUGAGAGAAGAGUGGGAAUCGCGCAGCUCUGAGUGAAACGCGAGCGACUCUUUUUUUUUUUUUUUUGUAGUCGCAGCGGUUCUG